AUGAGGACGUUGGGUAUUAUUGCGCAUAUCGAUGCGGGGAAAACGACGUUGACGGAGCGUAUCCUGACGCUGACGCAGCGCGGCCUCGAGGCGCCGACGCACGCGGCGGCGACGUAUGUGGCGCCAGGCGAUGUCGACAGUGGGAGCACUGUGACAGACUUUCUGGAGGAGGAGCGUGAGCGUGGCAUCACGAUCCAGAGUGCGGCGGUCGGUCCUAUAUGGUGGCGCGAUAUGGCCAUGACGCUGGUGGACACGCCGGGUCACAUUGACUUUGGGAUUGAAGUCGAGCGUGCCGUGCGUGUCGUGGACGGCACGAUCGUCGUGCUUGAUGGAGUUGAGGGCGUCGAGCCGCAGAGCGAGAAUGUGUGGCGCCAGGCAAAGCGCUACGGCGUCGAUGCGCACCUGUUUUUUGUGAACAAGCUCGAUCGACCGGGCGCGUGUAUCUCGCGCUCCGUGCGCUCGAUCAUCGAUGCCGGUCUGCACGAGCGCCCUGUGCUAUUGCAGCUGCCAGCGUAUGCGGCCGAUGUGGGCGAGUCGGAUGCGAGUGGCGAUAGGCCUCUCGUGGGCGUCGUGGAUCUAUUGAGCCUGCAUCUGUGGCGCUUCCGAGGCGUGGCGGGCGAGCGCAUGGAAGCGGUCCCGCUGGAGGCCAGUAUGCCGGUGUACGAGCGUGCCUUGCUGGCUCGGCAGGCGCUGAUCGACACGUUGGGAUCGCUUGACGACGAUCUCCUGGAGCACAUCGUGAUGCUCGACGAGGGCGAGGCGGUGGAUGUGUCGCUCGUGCAGGCAGCGCUGCGUCGUCUGACGCUCGCGGGCCGCGUAUGCCCUGUGCUGUGUGGCGCUGCCGCCGUGAACAUCGGCGUCCAGCCGCUUCUCGAUGCCGUGCACAGGUACUUGCCGAGCCCUGCCGACCGGCCGCAUGUCCGCGGCGUGUUAGAGCCCGACACACCGAGGGCCCGAGAGGUGGAUGUGGCGCUCAGCGACGCGACGCCGGCGGCGCUCGCCUUCAAGGUCGUGUGGGACCGACGACGCGGUCCGAUCACGUUUGUGAAAGUGUAUGCGGGCACGCUGCAUGCAGCGCAGAGCGUGAUCAACACGACGGGCCGGCACAAGGAGCGCCUCGCGCGCCUUUUGCUGCCGUACGCGGACGAGUACGUCGAUGUGCGCGCGCUGCAUGCCGGCCAAAUUGGCGUCGUGCUGGGCCUGCGCGAUACACGCACAGGCGACACGCUCGUCGGCAGCCCGGCCUGGCGCACGCUGCGGCUGCGCCGCGUGCAUGUCCCGCCGCCCGUGUUCAGCGCAAGUAUUGAGCCGCGAUCCAAGGCGGAGGAGGGCGCCGUCCAAGACGCGCUGCAGAUGCUCGUGCGCACGGAUCCGAGUCUGCAUGUCACGCACGGCACCCAAACCGUGCUGAGUGGCAUGGGCGAGCUGCAUCUCGAUAUCGCGCACCACCGCCUCACGUCCGAGUUUGGGGUGCAGCCGCGCCUCGGGCAUGUGCGCGUCGGCUACCGCGAGACGCUGACGGAGGCCGUCGAGGCCACGUCCGACGAGCCUGCGCUGUCCGUGCGCGUUGCCCUCUCGCCCGCGGCGGGCGAGCAGCAGGUGGCGGUGGAUGUGGGCGACAUGCCCGAGGUGGACGGCGUGCCUGUGGCGCACCUGGUGCAGCAGGGCAUUAGGGCCGCUCUGGCGCGCGGGCCUCGGAGUGGCUACCCGAUGCAUAGCGUGCAGGGCACCGUCUCUGUUCGGGCGAAGGACGACGACCUGCCGCCCGCCGCCAGUAUCCGCCAGGCCGUCGUGCAGACGAUACGCCGUGCGCUCGGCGGCAAAAGCGGUCCGACGCGUCUGAUGGAGCCCAUGAUGCACGUCACGAUCGAGGCGCCUUCCACGCACGCAGGCGCGCUCUCGACCGACAUUAGCGUCGAGCAGCACGGCUCGAUUCUCGAUAUGCAGCUCGAGGCGCAACAAGACACGCCUACGUACCAAGUCUACCUGCCUCCGACGGACGAGGCGGCCCAGGCGCAGGACCAGCGCAUGACGAUCCACGCGCACAUCCCCCUCGCCCGCAUGGUGCGGUACAGCUCGCGGCUGCGUGCGCUGACGGGGGGCGCAGGCUCGCACACGAUGGCCCUGCAUGGUUUCGACGUCGUGUCGCCCGAGCGCGAGCGCGAACUGCUCGCCGAGUUGGGCCGCUAG